GCACUUUAACGUUGGAUACCACCCGCCAUUGAAUUACAUGAAGAAGAAGACUGGACCCAUCGCGCCGUCAUGGCGGCACAGACCCUGGUGUCUACCCACUGGCUGGCAAAGGCGAUCAGAAAUAACCUCGUCGGUCCCAAGCUUCGCAUUCUUGACACUUCGUGGUUUCUACCGAAAAUGAAACGGGACCCGAAAGCUGAGUUUGCGCAGCAGCACAUCCCGAGCUCCUCGUUCUUUGACAUUGAAGAAUGCUGUGACAGGAGUUCGCAGUUUGACCACAUGCUGCCAACUUCCAGCCACUUCUCCCAGUAUGUAGGCGACCUGGGCAUCGGCAACGACACGCAUGUUGUUGUGUAUGACAACAGCGGCUUCGGGUCGUUCAGCGCGCCGCGGGUGUGGUGGAUGUUCCGGCUGUUCGGACACAGCGUGGUGUCGGUGCUGGACGGGGGCAUGAGGAACUGGCUGGCGGACGGCUACCCGGUGACAUCUGAAUACUCCAGGCCGGAGCGCAGAGAGUUUAAGGCCACUUUGAAUCAGUCGUGGGUAAAGAGCUAUGAAGACGUGCUGGAGAACACCAGAACCAAGCAGGCGCAGGUUGUGGAUGUCAGGUCCGCUGGAAGGUUCAGGGGGACUGAGCCGGAACCCAGAGAUGACCAGCUGCCGGGGCAUUUCCCCGGAGCAGUCAACAUACCGUUCACUUCUUUCCUGGAUGCCUCUGGAAAGGAGCUGGGAACUGAGGGCCUGGCCAAAGUGUUCCGAGAGGCAGGCGUGGACCUGGAGCGACCAGUCUGGGCUUCUUGUGGUUCUGGUAUCACGUCGUGUCACGUUGUCCUGGCUGCUCACCUGCUCGGCCACCCUGGAGUGUGUGUUUAUGAUGGCUCCUGGUGUGAAUGGUUUAUAAGGGCGUCCCCAGAGCUUAUCAUUUCAGAGGGAGAGGUAAAGGAAGCGUGAGUGAAAGAGGGAAAGGAAGUGUGAGUGAAAGAGGAAGGGCUGUGGACUGAUACUUACAAAGAUGUGAUGUAACAAGCAAAAGCUGUGUGUUUGUUGCUGAUGGUGACAGGUCAAGACAACCAAAGUGCACUGUAAAAAGCUGUGCAGUGUUGUGAAUUAACAGAUGGAAGUUUCGACAUCUGUAUGAAACCUUUAAUAAACAUCCCUUUUCUUAUGCAAACGAGCUGCAGUUUCAUUACAGGGAUGUUUCACAAUGUAGAAAAGCUAACAGCACUCCUGUGCUGUUGGGGGAGGGCACUUUCUUGAUGUGGAUAUAUUUUGUACUUUUGUGUGUUACAGUAAAUGAAUCUUGAGGUCCUUGUUUUCUGUUGUGCCUAAAAGUAAUUUUUGAUAUUCUCUUUUAUAUUUUGUAUAGCUCAUGACAUGAAAAAAAAAA